CAGCAUUGAAACAUGCUCCAAUGACGCACAGCGACCGCUCUCUCUGGGUGGUGUUUUCUCUCUGCGCAGUGUUUUGGGAAACGCAUGAUCCAUCUUCGACUGUUGAAUGAAAGAUGCGUCGUUAAAACACUCUUGGUGAUACGCAUUUUGAAGAAGAAUGUUGAUGUUGUUGAAGAGGAAGACUCAGUGGUAAACAAACUCCAAAUCGUGUAAUUUGCUUGUCCUGGCUGAAGACUGAGUGAAGGAUCAUGGGUAACACAGGUGACCGGAUGUCCGGUGAUCGCCAUGGCGCUAAGGCCCAUCGAUCAGACAGCAGAGGCAGCGACAAAGACCAUGAGCCCAGCAAGAUGGUGGACAGCACAGACGAUCCUAACAUCUUCAACACACACGGACUGGGGUCCUCCAAGGCGUCGGACAAGGAGGAGCCUGACCUGGAUGACUUGGUGAAGACGGGGCCUCAGUCCAGACCUACAGUCAUCCGCUGGGCCGGAGGAGGGAAGGAGGUCUACAUCGCGGGCUCCUUCAACAACUGGGGCAACAAGAUCCCCCUCAAUAAGAGCCACAAUGACUUUGUAGCGAUCCUGGACUUGCCAGAGGGAGAGCACCAGUACAAGUUCUUUGUGGACGGACAGUGGGUCCAUGACCCCUCAGAGCCAGUGGUGACCAGCCAGUUGGGCACCAUCAACAACCUGAUCGAGGUGAAGCAGUCGGACUUUGAGGUGUUCGAUGCUCUGCAGGUGGACUCUCUGGAGUCUACCGACACCUCAGAUCUGUCCAGCUCCCCUCCAGGGCCCUAUGGACAGGAGCAGUACAUGUUUAGGCCUGAGGAACGCUUCAAAGCCCCGCCCAUCCUCCCCCCACACCUCCUCCAAGUCAUCCUCAACAAGGACACCAACAUCUCUUGCGACCCAGCCUUGCUGCCUGAACCCAACCACGUGAUGCUCAACCACCUUUAUGCUCUCUCAAUAAAGGAUGGCGUGAUGGUGCUCAGUGCGACUCACAGAUAUAAGAAGAAGUACGUCACAUCUCUGCUCUACAAGCCCAUCUAACCUGUCUGUGUAGGCGCAGAGUGCUAUAGAGGGCGGCAUGUUAACACUGUACUGGGUUUAACCAUCGUGUAGCUGAGAUUGCACUAAACUAACAGUUUACUGAUGAGACUGGGGGCAAAUCUCAAAGGACACCCUUUUCCUUGUCCAGUGACCUACAGGGCUCCACAAAGGGCUCAAAGUAAUGCACUCGAUGGGGAAUAGGGUUUCAUUUGAGUCUCAGCGUGUGACCCUCACAAGGGAAAAUACUUAGCAUUCACAGUUUGAUAGCGAUAAGAAAAGGGACUGAGAAGGAGACUACUGUGUGUGUUUGCGUGGAGCACUUCUUUGCAUGUGGGCGUGUAGAAAGAACAUUUAGUUCCAUAAAAAAUAAGAAGGUUUGAAGAAAAGCCCUGAUGGAACUUGGAAAUGCAUAUAAUCAAGAUUAUGUUUUAUUAAAUGAGCUUUUAAGAGAUAUGAACACGGAAAGAGGGCCGUUGAAUGUCGCUGGCUUGGCUUAUGGUACUCUCCCAUUCUUUCUCCAUAUUAUUACUGUAGUUGGACAUGACUGGAGUAACUGCAGGGUCUUCCUGGUUUGGUCCCAAUGGGUCGAUGACCACUAAUGGAACCGUGAUAUGCAGUUGGAUAGGCUGUAAAUUCAACUGAAUUAUAAUGAAGUCAAAGUAUAACAAAGGAUGGGAAUUAUAUCAUAUAGCCCGUUUAAGCCUAUCACACUGGCCAAAUUAACUUUGUUUCCACGUCAUUUCAAUGUUAGGACGCCUGUGCUCAUUGGGAUAUGAUUCACACUUUUGAAAAAUGUGAAAAUCCCUUUAGAGUAUAUUAACGAGGGGUUCUCGUUGUGGAAUGUUGGGCCGUGGCUGUAGACCUGUGCUUAGUGCUUUAUGUCUUUAUGACACGGUGAUGCAAGCACUUGAGUUACCCACCCAUGUGUCCCCAACAAAUGCUUUAAGCAGGACUGUUGACAUAAGCUUUUAACUAUGCAGGUAUACGGAAAAAUAUUGCACAGUAGCUUUAUGUUGGACCUCUGUGUCCAAGCUGCAUUUUCUAGGCCUAGAUACAGUAAUGGCUGUGCUACGUGUUUCUCUCUCUAGCCCAUUUUCUAUUUAUCCAAUAGGAAUCUAUUUGUCUGUGUGCCAUAUUUAUAGCUUACACUCCCAAAUACUGGUUUGUCUUGAAUGUUGUGGAGCAAUUGAAUGUCUAGUACGAACAGUUUACUGUAGAAUAUGUGGUGGAUUUUAUGGAUUUCAAUCAAGAUUCAAAAUGUCAUUCAGUAAAGUAUAAAAUGGCCAAUAUGGAAUGUGAAAAAGCGUAAUUUACUUUCAUCAAGAUUGUUUAAAUUUGAGUGUUCUGUGAAUCAAACUUCACAUUUUUACCCAUACACCAUUUCAUAUUUGUAGAUGUAAGAGUACUGUACCUGUUGCUUGUGAUACCAGUAAUCAAUGUGGGCUGAUAUGUAGGUAUAUACUCCAAAGAGAAUAUAAAAUAUAUAUAUAUAAUGAGAUUUUAUUUGAAAAAACUGAGUAAAGAAAUUAUUACUGAUAGCCAUAGCUCACUCUGAGACGAUACACUGCAACACCUUCCUAAUAUUGAGUUACACCUUGCUUUGCCCUCAGCCUCAAUUCGUCAGGGCAGGGCCAUGGACUAUACAAGCUGUCAAGUGUUCCACAGGGAUGCUGGCCCAUGUCGACUCCAAUGCUUCUCACAGUUGUGUAAAGUUGGCUGGAUGUCUUUUGGGUGGUGGACCAUUCUUGAUACACACAGGAAACUGCUGAGUGUGUAAAACCCAGCAGCGUUGCAGUUCUUGACACACUAAAACCGGUGUGCCUGGCACCUACUACCAUACCCAGCUCAAAGCUACUUAAAUAUUUUGUCAGACCCAUUCACCCUCUGAAUGGCACACAUACACAAUGUCUCAAGGCUUAAAAAUCCAUCUUUAACCGGUCUCCUCCCCUUCACCUACACUGAUUUGAAGUGGAUUUAAUAAGGGAUUAUAGCUUUCACCUGGUCAGUUUGUCAUGGAAAGAGCAGGUGUUCCUAUUGUUUUGUACACUCAGUGAACGAUAUGUUAUAUUCUGGAACUUGAUUAGGUCAAAUCAAAACUUGAAUUUUAAAUCUGUUAGCUAACAUGUUUUUUUCUUCUCCAAAAUGCUUUGCAGCAUCAUUGUAAGUCAAGUACUGUAGAAGGUUGUUUCAGUUUGCAAAUAAAAAGGGGAGACAUGUUGACUCAAAAGUA